UAUUAUACAAAACUUUAGAGAAAAAGCACUUUAGAAGUCCUAACCCAUUCAGAGGCAUGUUAUAUUUUACUGCCUUGUAGUUUGUCCUAAAUCAUUUUGUCCACAACAUGUGUCAGUCACAUAACCAUGCAUAUCUUAUCUUUUACAGUACCUAUCAUUUGCUAUGUUGAGAUCUAUUGGGGUGCCCUUGAGUGAAAAAGGAAGAAGAAUUAGGCAUUUACAAUCAGAACAACCUCAAAUUAAGUGGAAUAAAGACCGUGUUAGCACUAUCUUACUUGUAGCGAUAUUGGUUGCCACUGUAACCUUUGCUGCUGGUUUUACACUACCAGGGGGUAUCAAUAGCUUUGAUGACACAAACAUAAAGAGAAGAGGCAUGGCCACUCUGGCUAAUAGAAAAAUGUUCCAAGUAUUCACAAUCUGUGAUGCGAUAGCUAUGUAUAGCUCUACAAUGGGGUCUUUCAUUCUAUUAUGGGCUCAAAUUGGCGACUUUCAUGUGGCAUUUAGUGCCACAUACUUUGCAUUAAAUUUGGUGGCUUUGGUUAUAGUGACAAUGUCUAUUGCGUUCAUGGCAGCCCUAAAUCUAGUAAUGAGUAAUUUGACUUGGCUUGCUUAUAUUGUGAUUAUUAUAGGAAUCAUCUUCCUUUUGAUGUUUCUGGGUGUAUACGUUAUUUUGAUAUACCCUCUAGGAGCCCAUCCUUGUUUGUUCCCUCGCAUUACUUACUUCAUUUUCAAGAUGAUCAUUCCAUUUUCUAGAAGUUAUGGGAUCAAGGUGAAGAAGGUGAAAGCUUUGAGAGUAAUAAAAGAAGAUAAAGAUAGUGGGAAUACUAGCAAAUGAGGUU